GUCAUUGUUUACAUCGAUUUUAUGCGAAUGAUUUUGUACAAAACCACGAACCUAAAAUGUCCUUUCUUAGAAAUAAAUUAUUCAGAUGGAAGGAAAAACAAAGAAUCUCCAAGACAGAAUGGCCAGAACUUGUAGGAAAGGAUGCUGAAGAAGCAACCACAAUUAUCGACAAGGAGCAUCCAGGACUAAAAAUUCAAAUCAUUCCUGAAAACAGCUUUGUUAUUUGCACUUUAGAAGAAAAUAGAGUCAGGAUCUUUGUGAAUAGACAACAAACAGUUAUCAGGACUCCUCAUAUUGGAUGAUAGAAGAAACCUUUCUUAACCAAAGCUGACAGAGAUAAGCUUGCAUUGUUUGGUGGGAAUCAGCUGAAGACAGCAAUGCUGUCAUAUAUUCUUAAGUGACUCACCAAAUGGUUUAAUUUGGAGUAUAAAUCUGGAAGUAGGGUGUGAACAUUCAUUCAUCCUUGAUUGAAUGAAAUGUCUAACUCUGAACUAGAGCUGAAGUCAUCAUCAGAGUUUAGUGAAGAUUACUUUACUCAUUAAAAUAUCGAACACAUUCACCAUUAA